GAGGAGCCAUGCGCAGCGGCACGCCCCCAAUGGGGGGUGCCCCCAGAGCCCGGGAGGCGCUGUGGCAGCGGCUGACUGGAUGCCUGGAUGAGCUGGCGCGCGUGAUGGUGCUGACGUGGCACCUGCAGCGAGUGAUGGCGAAGAAGCGAGAUCCGAUUUCGCACCUUGUGUUCCUCGACCACGUGCUGCAGGUGUGGUAUACGGGGGUGUGCAUUGCAGUGCAGGUGCUGCUGCAAGCACAGAGAUCCCGUCUCGCACCUUGUGUUCCUGAACCACGUGCUGCAGGUGUGGUGAGGGGUGGGGAGGUAUACGGGGCAGUGUGGGAGGCGUUGCUCCGCGCCUUCUUAUCGCAGCUGCGAGCCACUCGCCCCACCGCCCAUCACCCCUGGUCUUACCCUCCUGUUCUUCUCUCUCUCCCCUCUCCCACCUCCCCCGGCCAGUCAGGGGACGCCCUACCCACGGAGCGAGUAUGGGAGGCGUUGCUCCGCGCCUUCUUAUCGCAGCUGCGAGCCACUCGCCCCACCGCCCAUCACCCCUGGUCUUACCCUCCUGUUCUUCUCUCUCUCCCCUCUCCCACCUCCCCCGGCCAGUCAGGGGACGCCCUACCCACGGAGCGAGUAUGGGAGGCGUUGCUCCGCGCCUUCUUAUCGCAGCUGCGAGUCACUCGCCCCACCGCCCAUCACCCCUGGUCUUACCCUCCUGUUCUUCUCUCUCUCCCCUCUCCCACCUCCCCCGGCCAGUCAGGGGACGCCCUACCCACGGAGCGAGUAUGGGAGGCGUUGCUCCGCGCCUUCUUAUCGCAGCUGCGAGCCACUCGCCCCACCGCCCAUCACCCCUGGUCUUACCCUCCUGUUCUUCUCUCUCUCCCCUCUCCCACCUCCCCCGGCCAGUCAGGGGACGCCCUACCCACGGAGCGAGUAUGGGAGGCGUUGCUCCGCGCCUUCUCCUCCCAGCUACGAGCCACGUUCACCGCCUCCUCCUUCGUCAAAGAGACCUUCGUCUCCGCCUAUCCCCGCCUCCUCGCCUCCCUAGAAUCCUUCCUCGACCGCCUACAGGCGGACACAGACGUGCGCGUGCUGGGGGGAGGGGGAGGGGGAGUCGGGGGAGGAGCGGGAGGAGGGGGGUUUGGGUUGGGAGCGGUUGGAGGUGGUUCUGUGGUGGCUGGUUCGUGGGCCAAUGGCGGCACGCCGGCGGUUAUUUCUGUGGAGCAUCGCGCGCAGAUGAUGUCUGCUCUUGAGCCGUUUCAGGCCGCGUAUCUGGCCCUCUCGCUCUCUAGAAUGACGGAUCCGAUUAACACGAUGAUGCCAGGAGCAGGGGGUGGGAGGGGGGGUGUGCCGGGGCCAGAGGCGGGGGUGAGGCUUAUAACGAGGAUGGAGGAGGAGGUGGAGGCGGUGAAGGGGAAUGGUCGGCUGCUGAGGCUCGUGCUGGCGAAUGCUGGCAAGGCUCUGCAGCUGCUGGCAGAGCGAUGUGAAUACCAGGUCGCUACCGGUCCCGAAUCUCGUCAAGUCCUGGCUCCCUGCUCGCCAGCGCAGCAGCGCAACAUCUCCCUGUGCGUGCUGCUGGGGGCGGUGCACUCCCGCUGUAUAUGCACCUGCUCAUUCCGCUGUCCCUCUCCUCCACUCCCCCUAUGCUUUGCUCUCCAGGUGGCCACCGGUCCCGAGUCCCGGCAAGUCCUGGCCCCCUGCUCGCCAGCGCAGCAGCGCAACAUCUCCCUGUGCGUGCUGCUGGGAGCGGUGCACACACGCUGCAUGCAGCUACUCGCCCGCCUGCCAGAGGAGGCGGACUCCGUGAUGGAGGCGGGUGUGGGGUCCGUGCACGGGGUGGCCAUGGAUGCUGUCGCUCCGCUCUUCAAGCUGCUGGCCCGCCUGCCAGAGGAGGCAGACUCUGUGAUGGAGGCGGGCGUGGGGUCCGUGCACGGGGUGGCCAUGGAUGCUGUCGCUCCCCUCUUCAAGGCAGGUGUGGGGUCCGUGCAUGGGGUGGCCAUGGAUGCUGUUGCUCCGCUCUUCAAGCUGGGCUUAUACCAUGCCAUGCGGGAUCGCAUCGAGGCCUGCCUCCUCCAGAUCCACCAGCAGGACUUCUCCUCAGACGACCCCAACGCCCCUCCCUCUUUUGCCCGCCCCUCCCUCGCCAAACGCCUGGCCUCCAUCACGCUGCUCUUCUUUGCGCGCCAUGCCUCGCUGGUGCGGCCAGUAUCAGAGGGGGGGUGCCUGGCCUCCCGCACGCUGCUCUUCUUUGUGCGCCACGCCUCGCUGGUGCGGCCACUCUCGGAGGCGGGGCGGCUGAGGCUGGCGAGGGACAUGGGCGAGCUGGAAUUCGCACCUGGCAUCCCGCACGCUGCUCUUCUUUGUGCGCCACGCCUCGCUGGUACGACCACUCUCGGAGGCGGGGCGGCUGAGGCUGGCGAGGGACACGGGCGAGCUGGAAUUCGCCGUGGGGCAGCACCUCACACCCAUUCACGCUUCUCUUUAUACGAUUUCCACUCUCUCCUCCCCCUCCCCCCAUCCCCUUCCCCCUCCCCCUCCCACCCUCUGCUUUCUCCCAUUCUCUUCUCUCCCAUCAGCCUGGCAUCCCGCACACUUCUAUUUUUCGUCCGCCAUGCCUCGCUGGUGCGACCGCUAUCAGAGGCGGGGCGGCUGAGGCUGGCGAGGGACAUGGGCGAGCUGGAGUUCGCAGUGGGGCAGCACCUCUUCCCCACGCACGCCCUCGGCGCCUCCUACCGCGCCCUCCGUGCCUUCCGCCCUCUUCUCUUCGUUGACCUCGAGAAGAUUCCAACCAGCUCGCUGAUGCAGGUCAGUCCCUCAGCUCAUAUCAACGAUAGUGAUAAGAGUGAUUGUAGCGAUCCGUGGUCUGUUAUGGACGAGCUGGAGUUCGCAGUGGGGCAGCACCUCUUCCCCACACACGCCCUCGGCGCCUCCUACCGUGCUCUCCGCGCCUUCCGCCCUCUCCUCUUCGUAGACCUCGAGAAGAUUCCAACCAGCUCGCUGCUGCAGCAUCUCUUCCCCACACACGCCCUCGGUGCCUCCUACCGUGCUCUCCGCGCCUUCCGCCCUCUGCUCUUCGUGGACCUGGAGAAGAUUCCAACCAGCUCGCUGCUGCAGGGGCCUCCUACCGUGCUCUCCGCGCCUUCCGCCCUCUCCUCUUCGUUGACCUCGAGAAGAUCCCCACCAGCUCGCUACUGCAGGGCCUCCUACCGCGCCCUCCACGCCUUCCGGCCGCUGCUGUUCGUGGACCUCGAUAAGAUUCCAACCAGCUCGCUGCUGCAGGUCAGUCCCUCAGCUCAUAUCAACGAUAGUGAUAAGAGUGAUUGUAGCGAUCCGUGGUCUGUUAUGGGCGAGCUGGAGUUUGCAGCGGGCCAGCACCUCUUCCCCACGCACGCCCUCGGCGCCUCCUACCGUGCUCUCCGCGCCUUCCGCCCUCUUCUCUUCGUGGACCUGGAUAAGAUCCCCGCCAGCUCGCUGCUGCAGGACCUCCCUCCAAGCGUGGUUCUCCACCACCUCUUCUCCCGCGCGCCCCCUGAGCUGCUCUCCCCAUUCACCUGCUCGUUGCCUCACUAUAAUUUUCCCCCUUCUCCCCCCGGACCCCCCUACUCACCCCCCCAGGACCUCCCUCCAAGUGUUGUCCUGCAUCACCUCUUCUCCCGCGCGCCCCCCGAGCUGCUCUCCCCGUUCACACGCAUUCAGCAGCCUCCAGCGCGCUACUCCCUCUGGCUGGACCAGCACUCGCAGCAGCAGGCGUGGCAGGGCAUCAAGGCGUCAUUAGAUGAUUACGUGGGGAGUGUGAAGGCGAGGGGUGGGAAGGAGUUUCACCCGGUGUAUGCUGUGAUGCUGCAGCUGGGACAGACGCUGUUGCACUCGCAGCAGCAGGCAUGGCAGGGCAUUAAGGCGUCAUCAGUAGACGAUUACGUGGGGAGUGUGAAGGCGAGGGGCGGGAAGGAGUUUCACCCGGUGUAUUUGGUGAUGCUGCAGCUGGGGCAGUCGCUGCUUCUUGGGCCAGGCAAUGAGGGCAAGUAG